AUGUGGCUCUUUCUCGGGGCGGUGCUUUUAGUGCUUAGUCAUUGUUUUGCCUCGUACAUUCUUCCUAUUGCUGAUUGCGAUGAAACAUUCAAUUUCUUGGAGCCGAUGCACUUCUUGAUGUACGGCAGUGGCCUUCAAACGUGGGAGAACUGUCCUCGCUUUGCGCUGCGGUCGUGGUUUUUUUCAUGGCUCUACGUCGGUCCUAUAACGAUAAUUAGCAAGGCUGUUAGCAUAUACAACCCCUCAGGGCUGCGUAACAUAGAUGUGUACUUUCUCCUUCGAGCAUUUAGCGGUGUUGUCACGGCGCUAAGCGAGAUUUUUUUCGUUGGUGGCGUUAGGAAGGUGUUUGGUAAACGAGUUGCAGCGGCAGCACUCACACUUCUUUUGUUUAAUUACCCCAUCACACAUGCAGCAGUGAGUAUCCUGCCCACAAGUUACGCCAUGAUAAAUUACUUUGUUGCGGUGGGUUGCUGGCUACGAACGGACGGCAGUCUUGUGAAAUGUAUCACCCGUGUCGAAGGGAAGGUUCCAUCAAGAAUGAAAAGGUCGGUGAUGGGUGGCUCGCAGUUCCAGGCCAUAAAUUUCGCUAUUUUCGGCACCGUAUUCUCCGUUGUCUCAUCCACAGUGAUUGGUUGGCCUUUCGCCGCCUUGCUGGCGGUGCCGAUGGCAUUGGAUAUGCUCGUGAGGUUUCCCCUCGCCUCUACCGUUUCGCUAUUACUUUCACUCGCAGUUGUUGUGCCACUUUCCGUGUAUUUUGACACACUAUAUUACAAUGGUUGCCAUGGUGGCAAUGGCAAAAUCACGUGGAGCGCUUUGAAUCUCGUGCGGUACAACAUGUUUAUGGGAGGUGAGGGACGUGGUCCCGAGCUCUACGGUGUCGAACCGUGGUACUUCUUUUUUAAGAAUUUACUCUUGAACGCGCAUCUGAUGUUUGUUGCUUGCCUUCUAUCUCCCUUUGUCGUAUUGCUUAAGCCCUCGACGACAUCAUGGGUGAGUAAUGCGACAACGAAUUCUGAUGAGAUUGAUGCUGGAGAGACGACUGGGGAAAAGGGGCGGAAAACACAGAAGUCGCCGACCACCAAGCCAGAUACUAGGCCAGUCGAACCUACGGUUUCGCGUGGACGAGGAUUGCUUUACAUUUCACCCUUCUUUUUGUGGUUUGCCUUUUGGCUGAAGGUGUCACACAAAGAAGAGCGGUUUAUGUCCCCCGCUUUUCCAUUUCUCGCACUGGCCGCUGCGUUGUCAUUUACACACCUUACGUUUGCAGGAACCGCGAGAUCUGUGAACAGCGAGAACGGAGCGGUGCUACAUAGCGCGAGUACGAGAGCUGAACCCAGUGGCCGCCGCAAACAACUCCCUGGCUGUUGGCUCCAACGCAUGCGCCACACCUUCUUUCUCACUACGGGCUGCAUUGUGUUGUCUUUUAUUGUAACGGUUUCCCUAUCACGCACAGCGGCCAUCCACAAAUUCUACGUGGGACCACAGCAGAAGCUCUAUGACAAUUACGCUACGGUACGAGAGCUGGCCAGGCGAAAGGCAAGUGAUGCCCCACAGAAGGGCGAGAAAACUCUUUAUACACUUUGCGUAGGCCGUGAGUGGUACCGCUUUCCCUCAUCAUUUUUUCUCGAUCCACUUCAUGCUCGGAUUGCCUUUAUACGGAGUCUGGGUGUGGACUGUGCCAUGCCGCUUCCCUUUGCGUCAGGUGAUGGCAACGCGACAUGUCAAUGUGGUGCUGAAGGGGUGAAUGAUCUUAAUAAGGCAAUACCCGAGCAAUUUGUGCAAGAUGUUGCAAAGGAUUGUGACGCUGUAUUCGACACCGUCAGCCCUAACGAAGACGACCAGGAAAGUGCUGAUUUUCCGCGUGACGUCUUCAAAUAUGAAAUUGGGGAGGGUCAAACACACUGGUUACUAGAUGCUGAGAGAACCCCCAUGUGGUGCCGUGUACUUUAUUAUCCCCUGGGAGUUAGUGAGCGUUGUGUGUCACGACGCCGGGUUGUGCUGCUGAGCAAACAAAACCCAAAGUAA